GCGUGCGGAGUCUGGGAUGAGCGUCUUGGCUGCGGCAGGCGCUGGGCGGCUGUACGCCGUGCGCGCAGUCUUUACUUGUCUUUGGAGAGGAAAGUACUUCAGCUCCGGGAAUGAGCCGGCAGAAAACAACCCGGUGACCCCUAUGCUGCGGCAUCUUAUGUACAAAAUCAAGUCUACUGGUCCCAUCACCGUGGCCGAGUACAUGAAGGAGGUCUUGACCAACCCAGCCAAGGGCUAUUAUGUGAACCGUGACAUGCUAGGAGAAAAAGGAGAUUUCAUUACUUCACCUGAAGUAAGUCAGAUCUUUGGGGAGCUCCUAGGGAUAUGGUUAAUCAGUGAAUGGAUAGCCACUGGAAAAAAUGCAGCUUUCCAACUGGUGGAACUGGGCCCAGGCAGGGGUACCCUCUUGGGAGAUAUUUUGAGGGUGUUCAGUCAGCUUGCAUCUGUGCUGAAAAACUGUGACAUUUCAAUACAUCUGGUAGAAGUGAGCCAAAAAUUAAGUGAGAUUCAAGCAUUAACGUUGACUGAAGAGAAGGUCCUAUUAGAGCGAAAUGCUGGAUCCCCAGUAUAUAUGAAAGGUGUCACUAAGUCUGGAAUUCCAAUUUCCUGGUACCGAGAUCUGCAAGAUGUUCCAAAAGAGUACAGCUUUUAUCUUGCACAUGAAUUUUUCGAUGUUCUUCCUGUGCAUAAGUUUCAGAAAACACCACACGGAUGGCGAGAAGUACUCAUUGAUAUUGAUCCACAGGUUUCUGAUAAACUGAGAUUUGUUUUGGCGCCUUGUGCCACCCCAGCAGAAGCCUUCAUACAAUGUGAUGAAACAAGGGAUCACGUGGAAGUGUGUCCUGAUGCUGGUGUUAUUAUUCAGGAACUUUCUCAACGCAUUUCAGAAACUGGAGGUGCUGCCCUGAUUGCUGAUUAUGGUCAUGAUGGAACUAAGACAGAUACCUUCACAGACCUCACAGCUGACGUGGACUUCAGUUACUUGCGCAGAAUGUCCCAGGGGAAAGUAGCUUCUCUGGGUCCAGUAAAACAGCAAACAUUUUUAAGAAAUAUGGGCAUUGAUGUCCGGCUGAAGGUUCUUUUAGAUAAAUCAGAUGAGCCAUCACUGAGGCAGCAGUUACUUCAGGGCUAUGAUAUGUUAAUGAAUCCUACGAAGAUGGGAGAAAGAUUUAACUUUUUUGCCUUGAUACCUCAUCAGAGACUUCAUGGUAGAAAUCAUCAGAUGAAUGCAUGUCAGUCAAAACCCUCUCCAUCACCUGUAGCUGGGUUUGGUGAACUUGCUUGGCGGUGAUAUUUCAGUUUGGACUUUCUACUCCCAAGUUGGCCUAAGAAACUAGACUAAAGGGAACACAUUUUAUAUAUCACAGGUAAAAUAAGUAUUAAAAUAUUUUAUCUCUUCACAGCCAAUAAAAAUAGCCCAUACAGUACAACUGAAAA